AUGCUAUCAACUUUGCUGAAGACAAGAAGGGUGUUUGUAUCGCAAGUUUGGUCAAGAUACCAGACGACUGUUGCCAAUGUGGAAUUCCAAGUGCUACAUCCAAUGUUGAUCAAGCGAGCGGAAAAAUACGAAAAUGAACUGGAGGUCCUGGAGCAGAAGAUGGCCACCGGUGCGAUGCAUUUCGAUGUUGAGCGCGAAAAACACUUCUCGAGACUGUCAGCGGUCGUAGACUCUUACAGAAAAUAUUCGGAUGAGAUCUCGACCUACAAAGAGCUGCAGGUCAUGAUGGUGGAAGACCCUAGCUUGCGUCAGGAAGCGGAGCAGGAGAUGAAGGAAAUAGAGCCAAACUUGCGUAAGAUCUCAAGUACUCUUUUGGCUCAACUUUUACCACCUCACCCGUUCGCAGAAAGACCAUGCAUACUGGAAAUUCGCCCCGGUGUGGGAGGUAUUGAAGCUAUGAUCUUCGCACAAGAUCUGCUAAAUAUGUAUAUUAACUAUGCACAGAACAAACGCUGGAAGCACCAUCUGAUAUCGUUUAAUGAAAACGAAAGCGGCUCGGGAAUUGUUGAUGCCAUUUUGAGCAUGGACGAGGUGGGAGCCUAUGAUAAAUUGAAGUUUGAGGCUGGUGUGCAUAGGGUUCAGAGAAUUCCGGCUACAGAAACGAAGGGAAGAACACAUACCUCAACGGCCGCCGUGGUUGUGCUACCCCAAAUGGCAGAAGACUCUGAAAGGGAAGCUGAGAACUACGAAAGAACCUUCAAGCCCGAUGAGAUUCGCAUCGACGUCAUGAGAGCUCGCGGUAAAGGUGGCCAGCACGUGAAUACUACAGACUCAGCGGUUCGGUUAACCCACUAUCCAUCGGGCAUCGUGAUUAACAUGCAGAACGAGCGCUCUCAGCACAAAAACAAGGCAAAGGCAUUUGCCAUACUACGUGCUCGACUGGCUGAGAUAGAGCAAAAGGAGAAAGAGGAAAAUGCCAGGAAGGAAAGGAAGGACCAAGUUUCCACUACUGACCGUUCUGACAAAGUUCGAACUUACAAUUUUCCACAAAACCGUAUAACUGACCACAGAUGCGGAUUCAGCUUGCAUGAUAUAGAAGGGACUAUGGCGGGGGAACGUCUAGAUGAGAUCAUAGAGGCGAUGAAAACUUACGACAGUGAUGUACGAGCUAAACAGCUGUUAAAUGAAGCUGACGAGACCACCUCCGUAUGA